AUGUCACCAAUAAUGCAAUCGCAAUCACAUACCCGUGCCCUAUUACUGUUGCCACCACCGCCAUCGCUCUCGUCGUUUGCGACUCUGAAGGCAGCCUAUCACUCUCCUCUCUUCACCGUCUUAAAACAGCUUGCGAGAGCUCCCCACAAGGCCCAGGAGCCUACUCUGCUCGAGAUUGCCCUACCCUGUCCGCAUUUGUAUGGCCGUCUGAGCUCGCCUAGGGGACCACUAUAUGAGACUACACAACAGCUAGUGGCCGAUCUUUACAAGUUGAUCACCAUCACUGCGAGCAGAGAGGCAAUCGACACGGAAGAUGCAGAAGGCGUCGAUGCUCGCAUCAUCCUGCUGGCUUACCCAAGAUACGGCCAAAUGACCGCAUCUCUACCAGACUCGAGCCCAGAGCAAGAAAUGCAAGGUCCAGCCAUCGACAUACAUACACUAGCUCGAAAUCCCAGAUCCUGGGAUCUUGUGUAUUCUAUUGAGAGUGAAGAAGGCGAACGACUCCUCAAGAACUUCCUCUCGCUGUCACAGAGUCAGCCGAGAGUCUCGCGCGUUCGUGGUGGUAUAGUGAGUGUUGAGAGAAUGGGCGAGGAAGCUGGCAUCCCUGAACACCCCACCGACCCAGUAAACCAUUUUGCUGUGGCCGUGGGGGGAACCUUCGAUCAUCUCCACAUUGGCCACAAGUUGCUUCUCACCAUGUUUGCAUUCGUGCUGGGGCGGCGAUCCUCGGCGGAUAUGGAUGCCAAGUCAAGCGUACUGACGGUUGGCAUUACUGGUGAUGCUUUGCUGGUGAACAAGAAGUAUGCUGAACAGUUGGAAAGCUGGAAGCGUCGCCAGGAGUCUGUGCAUGACUUUCUCUCCUCUUUGGUCUACUUUGGGCCGCAUGACGAUAAUCGCAUUCAGGUCUUGGAGGUGAAUGAGCCAGGACCGAAUGGACACGCCGUUCACGUCAACUUUCCCUCUGGCCUCAGUAUUCGAUACGUUGAGAUCUGGGACCCCUUUGGGCCCACUAUCACUGACAGAGACAUCACCGCCUUGGUCCUAUCUCUCGAGACUCGGGGUGGAGGCGCAGCAGUAAACAAGAAGCGUGAGGAGCAAGGUUGGGAGCCAUUGGAAGUGUUUGAAGUAGCUGUUCUAGAUGCCAGUGAGGAAGACAGGGUGGACGACACGUUUCAGAGCAAGUUGAGCAGCACAGAGAUUCGGCGAAGACGAAGUGAGGGUAUUCGAGCCAGAUCAUAG